AGUACUCGGUUGAUACAGACUGUCCAUCCUGCCGAACCUGGCCCUACACCGAUUGCACCGAUUGCUUCGAUAACGGUAAUAGGUACUAGGUCGUGCUGUCAUUGCACAGACAUCUCGAUGAGUCCCCCGGAGGAGGAAACUAGGUGCUCGGAUGGGCACCUUAGCCCGUCCGAGACAGACCCAAGCGCCGCCACAUGCUCGAGCAUUACCGGUAUCACGAUUCCAAAAUCUGCCUCUGCACCGACAGCACCGCCAUUGCUGAGCAGUGUCUCGAGCGUAUCGGUCUCGCGGCCGCCCUUUCCUGGCAACUUUGCCCCAUCGGACAGAGAGGGGUACGACAGGGUGUUUCCGAUACGGUCGGUCGUCAACAUCGAGCCGCAGCCGUUCGGCCCGGAGUCGCCAGGUGCAAGGAGCAGCGCGAGCGUGUCUGGCAGCAGUGUUGGUCCCCUGAGCACCAUGAGCCUCAUGAAUAGUUUGGUCGGGACGCCGGCGCGGGAGGACUCCGAGUCCUUCUUCAAGCUGGACAGCCAUUCAAGAUCCACCACGAAUACGACUCCGUAUCUGAGCUCUGCCGCACCGUCUACCGCAGCGAGAUCGGCGAGCGUCAGUUAUUUCACGGCGGAGGCUCCAGGGUCGCAGAACGGCGGCUCGGCCGAUUCGGGCGCGGGGACGGGUUUCUACACCGAGAGACAUAAGCACGUCAUCACCGAAGAUGGACAUAUGAUAGUGACCGGGGUUGCGGGGGUGGAAAAGAUGCAGCGUUGUGAGGACGAGGCAAUCCAUAUUCCGGGAGCGGUGCAGGGGUUUGGUUGCCUUGUGGCAAUGAGAGAACUGGAGGACGGGGCAAUACUAGAUGUCCGAGUCGUCAGCGAAAAUUCGAAAAGCAUCAUCGGCUACUCUCCCAGCGAACUGUUUGCACGGGGCAAUUUCCUGUCCGUCCUGUCGGAUGAGCAAGCCGACCACCUCGCCGAACACAUCGAAUUCGUACGGGACGACUCGGACGCGCGACUCGAUGGCCCCGAGGUCUUUUCUCUCAAUGUUACCGGGCCCGAUGCAAUUCAGAUCAAGCUGUGGUGUGCGAUACACUUGCCAGCGGGGGACAAAAGUCUGUUCAUUUGCGAAUUCGAAUUGGAGGAUGACAGCCUGUUUCCGCUCAGCCUUGCAUCCGACAGUUCGGAGCCGUCCGAGACGCUCGACUCGAAGCCCACACACGAGGAGUUGCUGGAGAGCACAAUGAGCUCGAGUAGACCACUGCGCGUGUUGCGGUCCGCGCGGAAAAGGAGGGGAGAUGCCGCGGCAAUGGAGGUUUUCAGUUUGAUGAGUCAGAUUCAAGACCAACUGGCUUCCGCUGCCGAUCUGACCACGUUUUUGAAGAUCGUCGUGGGCCUGGUAAAGGAACUCACGGGGUUUCACCGCGUCAUGAUUUAUCAGUUCGACGAGGCGUGGAAUGGAAGGGUUGUCACAGAAUUGGUGGAUCCGAGGGCUACUAAGGAUUUGUACAAAGGUCUUCACUUCCCGGCGUCCGACAUUCCGGCACAGGCCCGAGCCUUGUACACCAUCAACAAGGUCCGACUUCUUUACGACCGAGAGCAGACAACGGCCAGACUCGUAUGCAAUACUCGCGAGGAUUUGGAGACUCCGCUGGACCUAACACACUCUUAUCUACGGGCUAUGAGCCCGAUUCACCUCAAAUAUCUGGGCCACAUGGGAGUCAGGGCAAGCAUGAGCAUUUCCAUCACCGCUUUCAACCAGCUAUGGGGCCUCGUUUCCUGCCAUUCCUACAGUCCGAUGCGCGUAUCGUUUCCAAUCCGGAAGAUGUGCCGUCUAGUCGGCGAGACUGCCAGCCGCACCAUCGAGCGUCUGUCGUACGCCCGACGGCUGCACGCUCGCAAACUGAUCAACACCGUGCCCACGGAACAGAAUCCGGGCGGCUAUAUCGUUGCGAGCUCCGAUGACCUGCUGAAGCUGUUCGAUGCCGACUGUGGUCUGUUGAGCAUCCGCGACGAAACGAAGGUGCUGGGCAAGUCGGAGAAUUCGCAGGAGGCCCUCGCUAUGCUCGAGUAUCUGCGUGUCAGGAACUUUAACACUGUUAUCACCUCGCAAGACAUGGUAAAGGAUUUCCCAGAUCUGAAAUAUAAGCCCGGGUUCAAGGUCAUUGCUGGCUUGUUGUUGGUGCCGCUGAGCUCUGAAGGGCGCGACUUUAUAGUGUUUUUCAGACAGCCACAGAUAUCGCACGUCCACUGGGCUGGAAAUCCGUACGAUAAGAAGUUGAAGGAAGGUACAGAUGCGUAUCUCGAGCCAAGGACAAGCUUCAAGAUAUGGUCAGAAACUGUCGUUGGACGAAGUCGUGAAUGGACCGAAGAACAAGUCGAAACCGCGGCGGUACUUUGCUUGGUGUAUGGAAAGUUUAUUGAGGUGUGGAGGCAGAAAGAGGCUGCGCUGAAGAAUAGUCAGCUCACUCGACUGCUGCUUGCUAAUGCUUCACAUGAAGUCCGGACACCGUUAAACGCCAUCAUCAACUAUUUGGAGAUAGCACUCGAAGGACCGCUCGAUACAGAGACUCGCGACAACUUGGCGCGGUCCCAUUCUGCAUCGAAGUCCUUGAUUUAUGUUAUCAAUGACCUGUUGGAUCUCACCCGCACAGAAGAGGGCCAGGACCUGAUGAAGGAUGAAAUCUUUGACCUUCGCCAGGUAGUAUUCGAAGCGACGGACAAGUUCCGUGCGGAUACCGAUCGGAAGAAACUCACUUUCGAGGUGGUGGAAUAUCCAGGCCUACCAUCGUAUGUCAAGGGAGACCCGGCACGACUGCGACAGGUCAUCAGCAAUGUCACGGCCAACGCCGUCAAACAUACGUCCGCGGGAGGACUGAGGAUUGAGAUAUGGGCUGGGGGCAUCCAAGGUGGGAAAUGCGAUAUCGAAAUCGCAGUUGAAGACACUGGCGAGGGAAUCUCGCCCGCCAAGCUGAACAUUCUCUUCGGAGAAUUCGAACAAAUCCACACGGAGGAGGAGGGGGAUAUCCUCUCGCUAUCCCACGAAGAGAGCGCAUCCUUCAAUGCUCUUAGCAAGAUGCCUGGCCAAAGGGUUCUUGGCUUGGGACUUGCUGUCGUAGCUCGUGCGAUUAGGAAUAUGAAUGGCCAGCUGCGACUGAAGUCCGAGGAAGGGAAGGGCUCGAGGUUUACUCUGUGUGUUCCGUUUACAAUUCCCAAGGAGGAGUCUCCGGACAAUGUGGCGAUUCAGCAACCGGCCAGAACACCUCCGCCAACGCAAGGCGAGGUGACUCUGAUCCAACCACCUGCCAAGUGGAACGCACCCGAAUGGGGCGAAAGUUCCAUGAGUGCCAGCUCGAUUGAGAUCGACCGGCUCGUCGAUGCCAUCUCGAGCCCGUCCAUCGUCGGCUCGCCUUCCUCGACGAAUGAAUACUUCACUGCAAAUUCCAGCUUGGUGGCGGAUGGACCUCAAUCGCCGCCCUCGCGUCCACUCGUACCGAGUCGACCGGCAUCGGCGGGUGCAGCUAAGUCUUCCUACAAGGCCCCGGUGUUUGAUCGGUUGAUGGACGGCAAGUUCUCGCCAGGCAAGGAAAUCCUCAGUGGAAGCCUGGCGCCCGUGAGACCGGUGCGGAUUCCGUGUGAGGGUGACACGGUUCCGUCGGGUGCCGUGGUGCCUUUGCCGCCGCCUGCUAGGCAGCCAGCGCAGGUGCGCGCGGAAGAUGCGGUCAAGUUCACCAUCUUGGUCGCAGAAGACGAUCCUAUCAACAGCAAGAUCAUCAAGAAGAGGUUGGAACGCAUGGGCCACAGCGUCGCCAUGACCGCCAACGGCGACGAGUGUUUCCACAGCUUCAGCAAAGCCUGCGCCGACUACGACGCAAUCCUGAUGGACAUGCAGAUGCCAAUAAUGAACGGCAGCGAGUCGACGACGCGCAUCCGCGGGCUCGAGUCGAACUCGAAGCACCCCGUCCCCCGCCGCCACGCCACCCACGGCCGCAUCCCGAUAUUUGCCGUCUCGGCGUCGCUGUUCGAAGAGCGCUGGAUCGAGUACGCCGACAUCGGCUUCGACGGGUGGAUCCUGAAGCCGAUUGACUUUGGUCGGUUGGGAAAGCUCCUCGAGGGCACGAGAGAUACUGCCCUCCGGCGCGAGGCAGAGUAUGUCCCUGGCCAGUGGGAGCGCGGGGGUUGGUUUUUGGGCGCUGCUGUCCCCCCGGCGGCGGCGGAGGCGAAGAAGGAGUAGGUAAUGUUAAGUGAUUUCAUACGGUAUUUGCUGGGGAUCUUUCUUUACGUCUAGGCGUUUUUUCUCUUUCCAUCUUGAAGAUUAUUUUAUCCUACCUACCUACCUUACCUACCUCUACACCAGUCGUUUUCUUAUUUUCCUUUUCGGG